AGUUACACCUUAACAAUUGCAUUUUAAAAGUACACAGUAACCAGGCAGUUUACUUUGGUGUUGGUGACUAUUUUGAACAACAUAGGCAGCAGUAUGAUGCAUUUUGUAAUAGGAUCUGAUUUUUUCAAUUUUCAUAAUUUUGGGUCAAAUACUGACAUGGUGACCUGAAUGUCAGAUUCUCUUCUUAUUAUGACACCUUAAAGUAAGAAGCCAUUGGUAUCUUAAGUGGGAUGAGGAGGCUUGUGGUUCAUGAAUGUUUUAUGCACAAGCCAUAGUACAUUGCAGGUAGUUUAUAGUUAAAUGUUUUCAUUAAGUUACUCCAUCUUUUUGCUGGUCACAUAACAUGGUUAGUCUCUUACAGUAAUUAUGUGGUAAAAUGAGCAAGGAGAUUGCUCAGUUUGUAUCAGUCACAAAAUCAUUGAUUCUUGGCAUUUCUUACUUUUACCCUCUGUGUAAUGAAUUCUGUGUUUGUCUCUGUAAAUCUGAGAGCACACUGUAAAAUAUUCAGCAAUGAUUGUGUCUGUCAUUGUUAUGGCAUUGCAGGGGGAGUUAUAGAUUUGUGUAUUAGGUAAAUGAUUCAUAAAUUGCCUCCCUUCAGAUAUAUGUAGGUCUGCCAAGAGAUUUUUUUGGUAAUUAUUAAUGGUGUGCGUCAGGUUAUUACCCAAUAAGGUAGCAACCUGGGAAUCGAGGCUUGUGAGAUGAAUAUAAAAGCAGUAGUUAGCAGACAUGGAAGGAAGGCUGGACCAGCUAUAUUGAACUGUUACAUUGUUUACAUUUUCUUAAGUGCUUGUGCCCAAGGGGCCUUGCUGUUUAAGCAGUGUUAUAAUAUGUGGGUUUUUUUUUUCUUCAGCCAUCAUUAAGUUCCACUCUAUUGUUAUGCCCAUGAGGCAGUUGUUAAGUCAAAGACAUUUGUCAGUAAAAAAAAAAAAAAAGAAAUGGCCUAAAGAUGCAAUAUGAUUAUGCUCAUCAUGUAGUUCCCAGUGAUAAUUGUUGACCGUAAUAACAAAAAGGGUAUGUUUAACUGUAGAAAUUUGGCAGUGGCUGGUAUUUAGUCGGGUGUUUUGGUCAUGCACUACAAUGGGAAACUGCUUAGGAAAAGGAAGACGGACAGAACGCCCAGAACCAGUUGUAGUUUCAGUAUCAGACACUGGGGUGGACUUGGUAACAGUGAGUGGAAAAAAAUCUUUGGUUGCCUUUGUGAUUUUCAUAUACUUAGCCUGAGUAGCAGACCCAAUGAGGGCCACCUUUGUGAUCUCUUUUUCUAUGUGCAUUGGCUAUUCACCUUGCUCGUGUGGGAGCAUGUGAGAAUUAUGAAACUGGCACACAUUUAAAAUGUAGCCCAAGUUGUAGGGCACUCUUUUUGGGUAGGGAAUUUAAUGAUAAUAUAAAACAUCUGACUGUGAAUGGACACUCAGCCUGUUUAACACAUUAGAUUGUAUUUAAUGAUAAAGAAAUGGAUAUGGCUCUGUCACACCAGCAUAUUGAACCAUUAAGUUGUUGUAGAUUAAGUAUCCUGAUGAUCUCAUAUCCUAGCAUGAGUCAUACAGGACAGUUGUUGAGGUCUAAUAGACAUCUGUGCAAUAAAUCCAAUACUAUUUAAACUGCUUUCACAGCAAAUGCCAGGGAACACCUGGAAAAACCUUUGGAAAAAAAGUUUCAAAACAACCAAAUGUGUUUUGGGUUUUGAUGGGUGGGGGGGAACUUGAAGAUGAGAUACAGACAUGUUUGAUGUUGUUUGAAUUGUGACACAGUCAGAUUCAUUUAAUUAUUGACCAAAAUCUCAUAUCAGCUGCCCUUGGGAUUUUUUUCCCCACAAAAUGUGCUGUUGCUCAACUAACACAUUUAUUGAGUUGUUUAGCAGUUAAGCUCUUUGAUAGAUUAACCACAAUAUCUUGUUUGUGCUCGAUAAGGCUUUAGUCUUUGUGUAAUGUGUUUUUAUUUAACAUCAUAUUAUGCUAACCAAGGAAAAUGAUGAAGAGUCAAAUGAGGGCAUCACUGGGGAGGAUCAGGACGAGGCAGAGGACAAUGAUGAGGGUGAGGUGCAAAACAAGGAAGAGGAGGAGGACGAAGAAGAGGAAGAAGAAGAAGAGAGUGAGGGUCUAAUUGACUUUGAGAAUUUAGACAGUGAUGAUGUAAUCAAUGUGAAAGAUGCAGAAAAUGAGGAGUUUGGUUCUGAGAGCCAGUUUGAGUUAGAUUUAGAUAUCAGUGAGGACUUGGACAACAUUGAGAGUGGAAGUGACAGCUUCACUCAGUACAGUGAAGAGCAGCCAGUGGGACCACCGCUGCCUAAGCAGAAGCAGCGACCAGCCAAGAUUGACACUAAAAGGCCAGUGGUCAGUAGACCAGCCAGAGUUGGUGCCAGACAGGUCAGAAAGAGUAACAGGGUAGCCUCAGAAUCAGUACCAAAAGAGACCCCUAGGAACAACAGUAGUAGACUUCCCUCGUCCAAGAUGUCACGUCCCAGUUAUGCACGCGCACCUUCCCAGAAUUCUCAGAACAGUCAGAUGAACAAAGUGGCCCCUCCUCCCCCUGCAGAACAGCCUCCUGCCAAGAAGCAGCCCACUGCUCAGCAGACUGCCGCCGCUGCAGCAGCGUCCCGUAGAAAAUCCAAUUGUGUCAAAGAAGUUGAGAAGAUCGAGGAGAGAAGGAAGGCACGCAGGGCUCAAGCCGUAGCAAUUAAAGAACAAAUAGAACAGGACAUUGAUACGUCACAUCCAAAUUGGGAGUUCCUUAUGAUGAUAAGGUGUGUAGUUACAACCUGGAAGUAA